AUCUACUUGAUCGUGUUGCGGUGGAUUUUUGACCCCGUCUCAUGACUGGUGGUUGCUUGGGGACUUGAAGACCUAUCCUAAGCUUUAUGAAGUCCAGAGAAAUAUGUCAGAAUGUUUAUGAUCGCUGCUGGCUUCACGCGAAGCAGUGAGGCGAUGAAGAUGAUGCGGCGCUCCAUUAACGGAUUGUUUCUUCCAGUGCAUGCGUGUGUGUGUGACGGGGAUCGAUAUCAGCUCGGAACAACUUACUGUUCAAUCAUACACGGGAGUAGAACUCGUUUCAACAGUCGAAAUCCUGUAACUACCUGGCCAGAGAUCCUCUCCAAAAUGCAGCACGAC